AGCAUAGACGACACACCGUCACACACUCAGGAAGAGAACAGACGCUCAGAUCGAGCAGAGCAGAGCGAUCGGCGGUGGCCUCUUGGGAUACCUGUGACAGCAGAGAUUCUGAGCAGCAAUGAACGCCAGCCCCCCCGCAGGAAGCGCCCUCGCCCCUGGCGCGGCAACUGGCCCCACCACCCCCAAGAAGGGGCCGCCCAAGUUCAAGCAGAGGCAGACUCGCACAUUCAAGAGCAAGGCCCCUAAACCGGGGCAAAAGGGCUUCGGUGACGACAUCCCCGGCAUGGAGGGUCUCGGCACAGACAUUACAGUGGUUUGCCCAUGGGAAGCCUUUGGCGACAUGGAGCUCAGCGACUUGGCCAAAUACGGAAUCAUUUAAAGCUGCUGCCUCCUGCCUUCCCUCUCCUCCUCGCUUCAUCCUGCCUUCUCUCCCCACCUCAGCUGGGCACGUCGUGAUAAGGCCGCCGCCAUCCCAUAAUGUCCUCUCGUCUAUCUACCUCACGCUUUUCUCCACUGAGUGCACGGAGAGCCUAAUUAUGUUCUUUUUAUAUGAUUAUUAUUAUUAUUAUUGUUAUUAUUAUUAUUAUUAUUAUAUGAUACUGAUGACAGUAUGUAUACUUGAAAUGAGAAGACGAGAAACUUCCCCUUCAUCCACAUACAUUUGUUUGUCCCUCCCCUCUCGCCCUCUCGCCCUCUCACCCUUCACCCUCAAGGCAAACAGUUAAUACUAGCCUGUAUUUGCUUAUAGCUGUCUAUUUAAAUGUAAAUAUUUUUGCAUUAAGCUUUUUACCUCACCUAUUUUUUUUACUCCCGUCCCUUGUUUCCUGUUUUGCAUUUGCAUUGUAUUUACUCCUCCUUGUGCACACGGUUACUGUCAACACCAAGGGCUGCAAGGAGAAAGUGCGACGCGGUGUCACGGUGGAAACCGCACGGCACUUUUAACAUAAUCACAGAGAAGGAACCUCCUUUCAUCCCGCUCUCCCCCGUCUCCCCCGAACAAGCGCCCCCUCCUUAGAGAGAAUCUAAGCGUAUGCUGCAUGUUUUGUGUCGCGUUCACACUAACACAGGAAAUGUCUAUUUUUUAGUAA